UGCUGGACUGCCCCACACGGUCUGCUUAUUUGGGUGAUAAGUGGAAAACAUGAAACAGAUCAGGCGCUUUUAUAAUGUAAACUCUUUCUAUUAGUCUGUUGUAAAAAAACAAAUCAUUGUACAGUUGGAGGAGUUUUAAUACGGCUAUAUUGUAAUCGAAUUUUAGUGUGAUGUGACGUUUCCAUUAUACUGGUGAGCUUGUGAGGCUUGUGAUUUGGGAUUAGAAACUGGUUCAGAUCUUUCUUCACUGUUUUUGAUGAGGAUGCACUCCCAAGGAGUGUCGAUUAGGUCUCCUCCAUCUCCUUCCUCAGCAUUUGUUCCAAUCAGUGAUAAAGACAUGACUGAAAUUGAACUGCAUUCUGUGGACUCCAUCAGUGACCUUCACCGCACACACACUGAACAGCACAGCAAAGGUGUCCGACCUCCACGUCCACAACCUCCAUCCAUCAACGGGAACCUUAGGAUGAUUGACAGGCCAAUAGUUUGUCAAACAGGGUAUCGAAUAAGAAGAUCUCAUUUGAGUCAACUCAGUGAUAUGUGGACUUCCUCCAAGUGGUGCUACUGUUUGAUUUGUGUGGCUGUAAUGCUGAUCCUCCUCAUCGUCAUUCUCAUCUUUAGCUUCUUAGUCCAGCAGAACAGAACUCUACAAAGACUUGUUGAGGAACUGAGGGAAAGGCAAGAAAGAACAAAAUAAAUGUCCACCAUAUUUCAG